CAAGUCAUCCACAAUUUCUAUCUCGACACCUGCUAAACACACAGCAGAAUGGCGGAUGCAGCGGAACCCACCAUUCAAACGAUACCCGCUCGAGAGUUUGAAGCUCAUACAGAUACCAUACGGGCAGUCGCAAUUUUCCCUGAUGGACGGCGUAUGGUCACGGGUUCGGUAGACAAGACGCUUCGUCUGUGGGGCUUGAAAUCAGGUGUUGUGUUGAAGAAAAUGGAGGGCCAUCGCAACGCAGUACGAGCAGUCGCGUUAUCAAGAGACGGGCACUUCAUAGCAAGCGGUGAUUAUAAUGGAGAACUCAUUGCUUGGGACCAAAACACUGGCAUUUCUCUCACCCAAAUCAUAAAAGCCCACUUCGGGUCAAUCUACUCGCUGGACUUUUCAGCAGAUGGUGCACUGCUAGCAACCGGUUCAUUGGACGGUACCGUGAAGCUCUGGAGCACCGCAACCUGGAAUUUGCAAGGACUUCCGAUUGAUUGUCAUACAGCAGUCUACUGCGUUCGAUAUGCACCGUCUGGAAAACAGCUCGCCAUCGCGACAUUCAAGGAUGUCCAGAUCUUGAUUGCAGACACGAAGGAAUGCAUCGCACACUUCACGGCUCACGCCGUGUUCAAUUUUUCACUCGCGUGGAUGCCCUCUGGCUCACGGCUUCUCUCAGCUAGCACAAUUCUCGAUCCCACGAUACGGGUCUGGAAUUCAUCAACCUGGAAGCAGGUCGGUGAUCCCUGGAUAGGCCAUGUUCAUCAGGUCAAUGCUAUUGCCGUAAACCCAACUGGCACACUGGUCGCCUCCGCAUCUGAUGACAAGCACGUCCGCCUCUGGCGACUCUCAGAUCGACGAACCAUUGCCAUAUUUGAGCACUCCGAUAACGUGUAUUGUGUCGCCUUCUCCAUGGACGGCAAGCAUAUCAUCAGCGGGAGUGCUAAUAAGAAGGUCUCACAAUGGGCAGUACCCGAGGUCGCUUUGCUAGAGGAGUGUGCAGUAGAGGAUAUGUCAUUGUUGGAGGAUCCAAGCGAACAGCCGACGAACAACGCUCACGUUGCUGAUUCUACGAUGCUCGCUAUAGACCCAACGAUUCGCGGUGCAUGCAUAACUGGCGACUUGGCGACUGCUGAAGAGCUUCUAACGCAAGAGAUCGACGCUGAUGACAACAACUACAAGUCCUAUGCUAAUCGAUCAUUUGUUAUGGCACGAAAACUCAACUGGGAUAGCGCGAUUGAUGAUGCACUUAAGUCCAUCAAUAUUAAGCCCUCCUCGACAGGCUAUAUCUCCAAAGGCAUUGCCCUCUGUGGAAAAAUGCGCUUCGAGGAUGCGACGAAAGCAUUCGACAUCGCGUCCAUAUUCACCAGAGAUGCCAAGACACCUGAUCUUCUUUUGAUCAAGGCUAUCGCGAUUUUCAAUGCAAAUCAACACGAGGACGCAAUGGAACGCGUUCAAGAGCUAGCUGCCGCUUGUCCUGAUGCUGAUGCGCUUGUUUGUCGUACCGUGGAGGCAUAUCUGCAUGUUCAAAUUGGAAUCAACGCCUUGGAUGGAGCGUGUCACGAUGAAGCUGCUGACCAAUUCACUACCGCUAUCAACUUGAGCGUGUUCUCACCUGAAUCAGCCAUUCAUCCCAGAUAUGAGGACUUUGCAGUGGUACGUUGAUAUGAUGCCACCGAACAUGCUUUUCAUGCCCAACGCCUAGCUCUUCGGGUGGGACUUUAGGUCCCUGUGGCAAAUUGCAAAU